ACCACCAUGUUCCUCUCUACGCUGUUGAUAAUUACUGUAACAUACGUUGGUGUACAAGGUCAGACCAUCACACCAGUAUAUAUCCAGAUUAACACCCCCGUCACAUUGACCUGUCCGGCCGAUGAUCAGGCUACGAUUCUCAGCUGGACUGGACCCGGAGGUACCCUGUAUGUCACAGAAACUACGGCUGAAGCUGACCUUGAUGACAAUGUAAAAUCACGGAUAUUUGCGAGUCACACAGGAAGGAGUUAUACACUCACAUUUACAGAGUUCCGGUCGAGUGACAUCGGGAUAUAUAGAUGUACGGUUGACGGGACAGUGACUUUACAGAUGGCCAUUGUACAAGGUGUGACAUCAGCCAGUCCAGUAUACACUAGACAGGGAGGAACAUUAACAUUACAAUGUCCUGAUACUGGUGGUAGUGCAUCGUGGGCUGUCACUUCUACUGGAUUUAUUUACGUCAGCGGAACACGAAUCAACCCGAAUCUAGCAGACUCAAUAAAGACGAGACUUGUUGUUACCAAAGAGAGUGGAAUCUACAGCCUACAGAUCAGUAAUGUACAACUGUUAGAUGUCAGGGAAUACAGAUGUAGCAUUGGAGUAUCUGAUACAUUCUAUCAUCUACUACUGUACA